AUGAACGUGACCGCUUUGGCUCCUGCGGGAACUUCGCCCGAGGACCUCAGGCUGCAUUGGCUGCCGCACGGCGCAAACAGUUCGUCCAACAUGUCGGCGGUGGCGUGUCAACAUGUCAGCGUCCCAGAAGAGGUCUUCUUGUCCCUCGGGAUUGUGAGUUUAGUGGAAAACAUUCUGGUGAUGACGGCGAUAAUUAAGAACCGGAAUCUGCAUUCCCCCAUGCACUACUUCAUCUGCUGCCUGGCAGCGGCGGACAUGCUGGUCAGCGUGAGCAACAUGGUGGAAACUAUAGUUCUUAUUCUAAUGGAGCGAGGAGUCAUGGUGGUGCAGAACUACCUCCUCAAGCAGAUAGACAACCUGAUCGACAUGAUGAUCUGCAGCUCGAUGGUGUCGUCGCUCUCUUUCCUGGGAGCCAUCGCGGCAGACAGGUACAUCACCAUCUUCUACGCCCUGCGGUACCACACCAUCAUGACAACGCGGCGUGCGGUCGGCGUGAUGGUUGGAAUCUGGGUGGUCAGCAUCACCUCCAGUGCCAUCUUCAUCGUCUACUCGGAAAACAGCGCGGUUGUCAUCUGCCUCAUCUCCUUCUUCUUCGUGAUGGUGAUCUUCAUGGGUGCGCUGUACCUCCACAUGUUCACUCUUGCUCGGAUCCACGCCAAGAGGAUCAUGGCCCAACACAAGAAGCGAACGCUUCACCAAGCCACCAGCAUGAAAGGAGCCAUCACACUCACAAUCUUGCUGGGUGUCUUCCUCAUUUGCUGGAGUCCCUUUUUUCUUCACCUCAUCCUCAUUAUCCUCUGCCCCACCAAUCCAUACUGUCAGUGCUUCACUUCGCAUUUCAAUAUGUUCCUGAUACUCAUCAUUUGUAACUCUGUCAUUGAUCCGAUCAUCUACGCCUUCAGAAGCCAGGAACUCCGCUGUACUUUAAAGGAACUGAUUUGCUGUUCCUGCUAA